AAGCCUGAAUCCAAACACCAGCAUCAGUGCACUCCCUUUUGUGGACACCAAAGGGAAGAAGAACACAGUUAACUUCCCACACAUUGGCAACAAAAUCCUAACAAAGCCGUCCCUGUUGUAUCAGGAGAAUCACAUUCACAAUCAAAUGCUGUCCUCUGAGCUCAAGACUUCAGAAAUACCUUUCAACUCUAGCACUAAAACCCAAGCUACCAAGCCACAGUCAGAACCGCCAAGGAGGCACAAGAUCCCUCUGACAGCAGCAGAGGCCUUAAAGUUUUUCAAGAACCAGUUGUCUCCUUACGAGCAAAGUGAAAUCCUGGGCUAUACAGAGCUAUGGUUUCUGGGGCUUGAUGCUAAGAAGAUCAAGGUGACUCCUGAGAAGUUCAACAAGACAAGUUUUGAUGAUGAACAUGGUUCCUAUAUGAAGGUCCUGCAUGACCACAUUGCCUACCGAUACGAGAUUCUGGAGAUGAUUGGAAAAGGGUCCUUUGGACAGGUGGCCAAGUGCUUGGAUCACAAAAACAAUGAGCUGGUGGCCCUGAAAAUCAUCAAGAACAAAAAGAGAUUUCACCACCAGGCCCUGGUAGAGCUGAAGAUCCUGGAAGCUCUAAGAAGGAAAGAUAAAGACAACAGCCACAACGUGGUCCACAUGAAGGACUUUUUCUACUUCCGCAAUCAUCUCUGUAUCACCUUUGAACUCCUGGGAAUUAACUUGUAUGAGUUGAUGAAGAAUAACAGUUUUCAAGGCUUCAGUCUGUCCAUAGUUCGGCGCUUCACCCUUUCUGUUUUGAAGUGCUUGCAAAUGCUUUAUGUAGAGAAAAUCAUUCACUGUGAUCUCAAGCCCGAAAAUAUAGUGCUAUACCAAAAGGGUCAAGUCACUGUUAAAGUCAUUGACUUUGGAUCAAGCUGUUAUGAACACCAGAAAGUGUAUACCUACAUCCAAAGCCGUUUCUACCGCUCCCCUGAGGUGAUUCUGGGCCACCCCUACAACAUGGCCAUUGAUAUGUGGAGCCUGGGCUGCAUCAUGGCAGAGUUGUACACAGGCUCUCCACUGUUCCCCGGGGAGAACGAGGUGGAGCAGCUGGCUUGCAUCAUGGAGGUACUGGGCCUACCGCCAGCCCAACUUGUCCAGACGGCCUCCAGGAGACAGAUCUUCUUUGAUUCCAAAGGUCUUCCCAAAAAUAUAACCAACCACAGAGGGGAAAAAAGAUACCCGGAUUCCAAGGAUCUCAAGAUGGUGCUGAAAACCUACGACACUACCUUCCUGGACUUUCUCAGAAGGUGUUUGGUAUGGGAGCCUUCUCUCCGCAUGACUCCUGACCAGGCCCUCAAGCAUGCCUGGAUUCAUGAGCCGUGGAAACCCAAAUCCCGGACCAGGCCGUGGACGCUGAGGAAACCCAGUUUCUCUCUUCCCUCUGACAUAAGCAAGGACAAGGCUGCAGACAAUGAACUCUUCAGCAAAAGCAAAAAAGACAAGAAAAUCUGCAAAAUCCAGUGA